AUGAUACAACUCUUCACUGAACAUUUCUUGGGAGCUUCAGAGAUUGUCCUCCUUGUGGUCAUGGCCUUUGACCGCUAUGUGGCCAUCUGCAGACCUCUGCACUAUGUGACCAUCAUGGACCACCACACAUGCUGCCUCCUGGUGGGGGUGUGUUGGGCAGUGGGUUUUCUCCACUCAUUUGGACAGAUCCUAGUCACUUUCUGGCUCCCAUUCUGUGGUCCCAACAUAAUGGAUCACUUCACGUGUGAUAUAUUCCCCUUGAUACAACUUGCCUGCACUGACACUUUCCUUGCUGGUCUCUUGGUUGCUGUCAAUGGUGGGGUAAUCCCUGUGAUCACUUUUGUAACGUUGUUGGUAUCCUAUCUGUUCAUCCUUUGCUCCAUGAGGACUCACAGCUCUGCAGGGAGGAAAAGAGCCCUGUCUACCUGUAGCUCCCACAUCACAGUUGUUGUCUUCUUCUUUGUGCCCUGUAUAUUUAUGUAUCUGCGACCAGUAGCUACUCUUCCCAUGGAUAAAGCCAUAGCAGUGUUCUAUACUCUUAUUACUCCCAUGUUAAACCCUUUUAUCUGCACAGCAAGGAAUACAGAGGUCAAAAAUGCCAUUAGAAUGCUAUUAAGCAGGAAUACAAUUUCAGAAAAUAAAUGA